AUCUGAGACCAGCGUCAAGAUGGCAGCGUGUUAAGUACGAAACUCGUAGCGAUGCCCCUUAGAGCCAGUAGUGGCAUCUAGUUAGGAGUGCGUCGGCGCCUCGAUUCCGUCCACGAUAAGAGCGCCGGGCGACAGCCACGGCCGCAUAAGAGCGUGUGCUCAUGGAAUGGUCACCUCGCGCGGCUCAACGGGAUAAUCCGCGACGGCCGCUUCAGCAGCAGCCGCCGCCGCCGCCGCAUCACCCGCUGGCUGGCGAUGGGACGGUGGCCGCCGCCGCGACGCACAUCUCGCGGGGCGGUCAGGCGGACGACGGCUCCGGUGGCCUUAAGCGAAAGCCGCCCUACAGUUACUCAACGCUCAUCUCCUUCGCCAUCAACAGUUCGCCCACCAAGAAGAUGACGCUGAGCGACAUAUACACUUGGAUCUGCGCGAACUUUCCCUUCUACCGCGAGGCAGGCACGGGAUGGAAGAACUCUAUCCGCCACAAUCUGUCGCUGAACAAGUGCUUUCACAAGGUACCUCGGUCAAAGGACGACCCCGGAAAGGGUUCCUACUGGGAGCUUGACCUGAAAUCGGGCAGUGAGCUUCCCUGCAGAAAGAAAAAGCUCAAGGCUUACGAUUCGGUGUACCCUUACAGCCCUGAAACGGGUAUCAGCACCUGGACUCCAGAGCCUGAGGGCCACUCGUCACCUCCACAAAACCACACCACCAUUCCAGAGAUAAAGCAGGAAGUCCUACGGCCCGAAUACGAGGUUGAUGAUGACCAAUCAAGAGUGUCAUCGGAAUACUACGAUGAGCCUGUCAAGACAAUCAUGGAGUCAUUCACACACGAGCAGCUAGUGGAGCUGACUGCCACACUGGCGUCCCUCCAAGAAGCGGAGGCCACAGGCUAUGCCAGCCACCCGGGGGAUGCGGGCCUUCUGGCGGCCACCACACCCAACUUGGCCCCACCACCCCCUGCUCCAACCACCACGCUGCUCAGGCUUGAAGCUGCUUCCCAGUCUGCCGCUGUGCCCGCGCACCACCGGUCCAUGUGCCACUAUGGAGGUGUCACCCAGCCGGACGAUGCUUCCAGGGAGCGCUAUGGCACUAGUAGUAGCCCCAACCUUAGCGGAGGGUUCCUCGAUCAGAUUCCGGACAUAGUGAAGAAUGAGCACAGCGAAGCCCUUACGUACGCCUCGCUGGGCUACCCACCAUCCCUGUCCCCCGCAGACGCCGGUGCCAAGAGCCAGCACCAUCACCAGCAUCACCAGCCGCACCGUCAUCAGCCGCAGCAGCACCAGCCACCGCCACCCCUGCACCUCCAGCACCAGCACCACCACCACCAUCACCACCACCACCAGCAUUACCACACCAUGCAGGUGCCCAUGCCUUGUGGUACUGCCCCCUACGCGUGGCACCACCCCGCCUGAGGAGGCGCAUUGUCUGUGCGACCUGAGCCCCUCGGGGCUCUUUCGAGCCUGCGGGCUAGGACUCCGCUCGACAGGUGACAGUUAGGGGCCUCACUGUGAUGAUGUCACACAGUACACACCACCGCGCCUACCUCCCAAUCAUUGCCGGCCUCCUCAAAAGAGAGAGAUACUGUAGGGCGGCAGCGGGACUACUCGCCGCGUUCAUACCGUCUGUCAUAGUGCCGUUUUUUUUGGUCGUCGAUGUCUACGGACGAGGGUGCGUUGGCAAAAAUGACAGUGACCUUGCCAUGUCGUCUGUGAUUACUGCCUACCGGGUUGCUAAAUGGUCUUGCAAGGAGAACAACGGGUCCCACUCCUGCCGUGUUCUUGACUGCUGCUGCACUCCUAGUUCUGCCUGAUUGCCUUUUCGAACGAGGUCAGGCAGAGGCCUCGGCGUGCCGCCGAUGCCCUCCGGUUUGAGAUUUGUGUUCACUAGGGAGCUGGGUGCACUUGCCCUUGUGUGUGUGUUCACGUGCGUGUGUGUAGUCACCACCGCUGUGGAGACUGUUCCUGAGCGGGGGUCUCUCUGUUGUGGGAUGAUGUUGGAGUGGCAUUGGCCUGCGCUGUGCCUACAGGUUUGAUAUCAUCUUGCUGGAACAGACUUUAGUGGCACAGGCUGUUUCGUGCAAUGGCAGUAGUAGCAGUGUCAGUCGGUGAACUUGUUCAAUAUCUCUUUUGUCUUGCAAAUACUCCACUGGAUGAACUUUCAGUUUCACUAAAAUCUACUGGCAAGACUUUCAGAUUUGCUAAACGAAUCCUUUACGAAGAACCUCAAUGAGGAAUGACUUCAGGUAUUGUUAAACAAGCAUCUUUAGGGCCUGCUAGUAUCAGUUAUUAUGGUCAUGAUACAUCUUAUACAGGAAAGUCUGAUAUUAAGACACUUGUUUUGGUAGAUGGAAUGAAUACAUUUUUGAAAAAAAAGUUCCAUUUUUUAUAACAUGAUUAUAUCCUAAACGAGUUGUGCAACUAGUGGUUUUAUUGCAAUUUUCAUGAUUAUAAAGAGCUGCCGCAAAUCACAGUUGUCAUGCCACUGAAGCAUAAGACUUCACAGAAAGUGCUACAAACUCCCAAAUAUGGGAAUGUUCUUAAAAAGCACUAAUAAAGGUUAAGGUGAAGGCCUAUGUUUACUCUAAAGUGUAAGGUAAAACUUAAGGAUGGUUUAAUUCUGCUGCUGAGAGCGCGAUGUUUCUUGAUUUGGUUUCCUGUCACUUUCUUGUUAGGGGCUGGAUUACGUAAACAUUUGUGUACUUCAGUUUGAGUGCACGUUGAAUAAUCCCGGGUGGUCAAAAUUGGUUCAUAGUCCCGUGGCAUCCCUCAUACCUUUACUGUGACUUUGGGAUGUAAAACUGCUUCACUUGUUAUGUUAUGCCUCAUGCUAUGAUUCUUAUUUGGGUGCAUUUUAAAGAACCCCAGGUGAUCAAAAUUAAUUCGGAGUCCCCCACUACAGCGUGCCUCAUAAUCAGAUCCUGGUUUUUGCACGUAAAAGCCUAGAAUUUAUAUAGUAUUAUUCUUUUAGAUUAAUAUUUUUGUUAAGUUGUGGUUUCCAAAUUUUAGCGGUGCCAAUAGUACGAGUUUACAGUCCUGUUGGCUAUGAUGUUGUAAAUGGGCAUCUCAUAAGUCGAUUGAGUGAUAAUUACACAUUUUAAAUGUUUGUACAAAUUGCAUCUUUGUCGCCAAGCGAAUUGGAGAAGAAACGAAGGUAGCACGACUCCUGACACAUUUAAGUCCUAUAGUUUGAGGCCAUGGUUGGAAAAGCACCAGCAUGACAUUUUGUUGACAGAUAUGUCUGUUAUGUAUUGAAUAUUUGUUGUAAGUAUACAUUUGUUACAAGCAUAUAUUUGAUACACAUUUAUAUCAGUGACAAACUGUUUAGAUUUACUUCGUUACAUCUGAUAAUUUGCUAUAUUUGGGUUUGUUACAUUGAGGCUUGAUUUGCUUGCCAGUCAUGGCAAAAGGCAUGCCAUGUUCUGUUGUCGCUGCCACUGAACGACUCUGUCUGUCCCAGCUGUCUGCUCAACCAGGACUGCCUGUAAGCAUGGUGCGGACCAUAAGCUGCUACGGUUGUACAGAAAUGUCACGGGGAUAUUGUGGAAAUUGUUGCGCCUUUUUGGGAGCCCCGAUGCUGGUGGACACAAAGAUCACUUGUCAGAAAGGCCUUUGAAAGUUUCUCCUGCCCUGUGCACACAAAACAGAAAAUAAAAAAAAAAGUAGAAUGGAGUUGCCUGGUGCCACAUCACAUCAAUCUGAAUUAAGGUGCAGAAAAAAGAAUAAUUUUAAUGGCAAAAAUUUUAUGCCUAUUCUUGUACUAUUGCACUAAAACAACGACAUGAGUCACUUCAAAAGAACCUCUUCUUUUUAACAGCCUUGGACAUUGUGUGCCACUGUCAGUAAUGUCAUUGAGGAAUACAAAAUACUGUUGCACUGAAAAUUCAAGUGGUUAUGUCUUCACCUACCACAAUCAAUUAUAUGCAGACUUUAUCAACUGUCUUGUCUCCAUUUGAAUGUUUUAUGGUUUUUAUGAAAUCGCAGCCUAUGUAGCUGCCCUACUGAUCCGAGUAGUUCAUUCGGAAGGCUCUGCGUGUUUUCACAGGUUUGAAGAUUUGCUUGCAAAUGCAAGACCAUAGACUGAGGCAAGAAAUGCCCCUUAGGCAGGUAUCUAGGACAAGGCACCCUUGAUGGGCUGAUGUAUUAUUAACUGCGUUUUUAACCGCACGACCGUGAAGGCAUUGCUCGAAGUACAAAAUACUUUUCCAUCUCAUUUCAUGCUAUUUUCCUCUUGUGUUUGGCAGUCAUCUGUCAUUGUGUGGUGCCAUAGCAGAGGCUGUAAUUACCGCCUAGUUACUAUUGCAUCUAUAUUUUAUGUUAGCUCAUCCACUGCUCUCCAUGAGUGCUCUCAGAAGAUGUGUUAUUAGGCCAAAAAUUUUUUUCUUGUGUUUGGGUGCACUUACAGUAAUGUAGGAAAGGUGGGACUGUUAUCACUUGUUUGCUGAUUUGCACUUUUCCUGUAUCUACAGGUUUAGUACUAUUGCAGUGGACUUAUAAUCCAAGUCCCUUUAUUGACUAAGCUGAAUUCUUUGAUGAACUGAACAGCCUGAGUACAUUUGCUUAGGUUCCCACAGGAAUGCAGUACAGGGGUUAUUCUGGAUGUAACUGAGAAACGUUAGUCCUACAAUGGAUGUAAUUGGGCUCUUGUUGUUGCUGGUAAUAAACGAGAUUCGGUGCA